GGCAUCCUGACAGUGAAUAGAGGUGACCCUGGGUGCUGGUGGGGGAUUCUUAUAAACCCCAUCCCUCCCUUGGUUUGUUCCAGCUCUGCAGAACUGAUAAGACUCUGUCUUAACUACGAGGUGGCUAAACAGCCAGGUGCUGAAGUGUUUGAGAUCAGUGGUGGUUAGUUUGCGAGGGCCCCUGGGAGGUAAGUAGGUCAUGGACAGUGACCCCAGGUAUGUGUGUCUCUGCAUGGGGCCUGGGGCUUAGGAGGAUUAGUGGCCAAGUGCUCAGGUAGCACAAAAGAGUUGUUCUAGUUCAGCCAAGUGCUUUCAACCACUCUUCAGCAUAUAGAUGCAUCAUAAUAGCUACAAGUUAAACAAAAACUUUUUACCAUCUGAUAAGGAUCCAAGCAAGAUUUAUAAAUACUGAUGUAUGCACAAAUACUAUGCUGUAAUACAUUUAACACAGAAAGAGUAAUAAAUGCCAGUAAAACACAUGCACAACCCAGCACCCAUUUUAAGCAGAAAAACACACGCACACUUUAAGGAAUUCUGCAGCAAAAAGGAAAGGAAUUAAAAUAAGAACAGACUCACAGGUAUGAGGGAAAGGGAGGAGCCAGCAGGUGACAGGGGAGGAGAAGGAUGUUCUUAACUGUCAGGCAGACUGGAGGGAAGAACACAAUAAGUGAAGAUGGCUCCCCAGCUUUACAUCACCAUGUACAAAGAGCAGUUUGCCUCUCCUGGCAGAGUGAAACGAGAACAACUUCGACCCACCUCUGCCCACCGCAGGAACAACCCCCAGCCCAGGCCGGACUUUCUGUUUCCCUGGAGUCUCCAGCCCAACUACAGAUCACGCCUCACACCACCACGCAACUCACCCCCUGUGGACAUUGGCCGUCCUCUCUUUCCCCCUGUCAAACAUUUAUCAUUCCACAGUCCAGUUACGACUUGUCCGGAUAACUACCUAAACACUGUGGAUACAGGCAAACCAAACCACAUGCCCCCUGUCAACCCAUCCACAGCACUUGCUCUGCCCUCUGCUGACGCCCUGCAGAAAGUACAGCUGACAGAGCCUCCUUCUGGCACUGGAUUUACGCCUCACUUGGCUUUGAAGAGGGAUUAUCAGAGGAACCUUCAUCCACUCUCAGCACAGCAACUCAGGCAACAUGCAGCUGCUCAGCUUCGGACAAGACCUCAAACCAGUAACCCUAAGCACCACUUCCUGCACACACAAUACCGGAGGUCUUGCUCUCGUAGCAGCUGGGAUUUUAGCGGGUGCUACAGCUGCUUCCACGUGGUGAAGCCCUACCAAGCUGGACACUACAUCAUACACCCAGAGUUUGUGUCCGAGUGCCUUCGUUAGGACUAUUAGAGCCCUGGCUUCCAAAGUGGGGAUCGGGGACCUGCAGAGGUCCUUGAGGGGAUCGUUAACUUCACUAUUGUUUAAUUCUCCACUAAUUAACCCAGCGAGACAAGGUGUAAGGAUGAAUAAUGUAACUGUAGGCUGCACUCUCACCACUAUUAUCUCCCUACAUACAGCUGGACACUUUUACAAUUCAGUGCUAAAUCAGCAGCUAAGAUCUUCCCAUAAGGGGCUUGUGGUGAUCAAAUCAAAUGAGGCACUGUGGCCCUAAUGUGUAUCAGUGUGUGACAUUAAAAUUUUAUCCCAUUG